CUAGCCUGUGAAUAGAUACAGAUGGCUAUAUAAGGUAGCGUGUCCUAUCGCAUUGUAGGAAUUGUAAUCAACAGUAGCAAACAAAAUGGGCCGUCAUAAUCUUCAGUACCCAAAAGACCCGACAAAUACCAUCAAACGGUACAAAGUCCACGGGGUUUAUGACCUCGAGACUGUUCAUAGCAUCGUCAAUACAUGUCCGAUCCUUCAUAUAUCAUUUAAUACACCAUCCCAGCCAUUUCCGGUUGUUCUGCCGAUGAUAGGACAGCUGGGAUCGUUUGAUCGUCCAAGUUCAAGCCUGCGGGAUCCUCUGGAACUGUAUCUUCACGGAUAUGUAUCAUCGAGGAUCAUGAACUUGGCUCAGACAUCUACAGUCGAUGGAGAAGAGAUUCAGGGAAUGCCGGUUUGUGUUGCUGCAUCGCACGUUGACGGACUUGUCUUGACCCUGGCGACGUAUUCGCACAAUUACAAUUACCGGUCAGCUGUUCUUUAUGGAUACGCGACUACUGUCAAGUCAGAUGAAGAAAAGUUGUAUGCGAUGGAACUUAUCAGCAAUAGUGUUGUGGCUGAUCGUUGGAACCAUACACGACAACCUCCGCUGGCGUCGGAGAUGCAGAGUACGAAUAUUCUCAAAGUCAAGAUCACUUCGGCAAGUGCCAAGAUCAGUGCGGGAUCGACGACGGACGAUAAGAGUGAUUUAGAGAAUGAGAGUCUGGUGAAUUCGACGUGGACGGGUGUGUUGCCUGUGUAUCAGACGAUCGGGGAGCCGAUUCCUGGUCCAUACAACAAGGUCGAAGUGCCUGAGCAUGUUUCUACUUUUGCGAAGGAUACGAAUGAUGAGAAGAAGCAGAGAUCUUUGGAGGCGGCGAAGGGUGAAAGGAGGGCGAGUUGAGUUGGGGAUGAUUGUAUUUGAUUGAAGUAAUUGAUUGGCAAUUCAAUGAUUCGCACGUCCCCUGUUUGUGCUCCAAUGCAUCGUUGGAGCCCAG